AUGGUGCUGAAGCCAGAGCCGCUGACACGGGAACCAGUCUGGGUGCAGGUGCUGGUACGGGGGACAGUCCUGGAGCUGGUACUGGACCAAGGACCAGUCUGGGUGCUGGUGCUGGUUCGGGAACCAGCCUUGGAGCAGGUGCUGGUUCGGGAACCAGCCUUGAAGCAGGUGCUGGUGUGGGAUCCAGCCUUGGAGCAGAUGCUGGUGUGGGAACCAGACUUGGAGUGGGUGCUGGUGUGUUUGGAUACACAGACGCGAUACCGUUCAUCUGUGGCCAAGCUACAGGCGCACGACCCUGAGGAGGAACCCCUCAUGUAUGGGGUUUCUGGAGAGGAGGCCAUGCGAUAUUUUUCUGUGAACAAAGACACUGGUGUUGUGUGGCUUCGACACCCGCUUGAUCGUGAGACCAAGUCAGAGAUGCAAGUUGAAUUCUACGUGAGUGACAUUCAAGAGGUGGUGAAAGACACCGUCAACAUUCAGAUUGGCGACGUGAACGACAAUGCACCAAUCUUCCAUGGGCAGCCCUACACCGUCCACAUCCCAGAGAAUACACCAGUGGGCAAACUAGUUUUUAUGGUCAAUGCUACGGAUCCAGACCAGGGCACUGGAGGCAGUGUCCUCUUCUCCUUCCAGCCACCCUCUUCCUUCUUCAGCAUCGACGGAGCCCGAGGCACCGUCACUGUCAUCAAACCUCUGGAUUUUGAGGCUACCUCAGCCUACCAGCUUACUGUUAAUGCCACGGAUCAAGAUAAAAUAAGACCGCUGUCUCGACUCGCCAACUUGGCUAUCACUAUUACAGACGUCCAGGACAUGGACCCUAUUUUCACCAAUCUGCCCUAUAGUACCAACAUAGAAGAAGACGUUCCACUGGGUUACGAAGUGCGCAAGAUAACUGCCAUCGACCAGGAUUUGGGACGACCGAGAGGGAUCGGCUACAACAUCAUUUCAGGGAACACCAACAGUGUUUUUGCCCUGGACUACAUCAGCGGUGCCCUGACAGUGAAUGGCCAGUUGGACAGAGAAAACCCACUCUACUCAGCAGGAUUCACUCUAACUGUCAAGGCCACGGAGCUGAAAGAAGAUCGCAGUCCAUCAGAUGCCUCAGUGAGGACCACCUUUACCAUCCUGCUCAUUGAUAAGAAUGACAAUGCCCCAAAGUUCAACAGUUCUGAGUACCACGUCCGAAUCACUGAACUCGCCCAGGUGGGCUUCGCACUGCCCCUUUUCAUCCAGGCUGAAGACAAGGAUGAGGUGGGUGGCGUUAACAGUAUGUUCCAGGUGUUCCUGACGGGGAACAAUUCCGACUAUUUCACCAUCUCCCCCACGGCUGUACAAGGGCGUGCCGACAUUAGGAUGAGGGUUGCCAUGCCCUUGGACUAUGAGCGCAUCCGCAGCUACAGUUUUUCUCUCUAUGCCAAUGAGUCCAUGUCGGAUCAUGUGGGAUUUGCUCGUGUUUUCAUUGAUCUUAUCAAUGAAAAUGAUAACAGACCCAUCUUCAGCAAAUCCCUCUACAAUAUCAGCCUUCCUGAAAACACACCCAGUGGUACCUCACUGCUUCGUAUCCUGGCUACAGAUGGAGAUGUUGGCACGUUUGGUAUUGUGCAUUACUUCUUCAGUGAUGAACCAGACCAGUUUUCACUCGAUUCUGAAACAGGUUGGGUUAUUCUAAGAUCCAAUUUGGAUUAUGAGUUGAUGCGUCGCUUCACGCUGACUGUGCUGGCGAGGGACGGAGGCGGGGAGGAAACCAACGGCAGGAUCCGGGUCAACGUGCUAGACAUAAACGAUAAUGGGCCGCUUUUCCAGAAGGAGGCGUAUGUGGGCUCGCUCAGAGAGAACGAACAAGCUGUACAGCCGGUCGCCCGAGUCAGGGCAACAGAUGAGGAUUCUCCUCCCAACAACUUCAUCACGUACACCAUCAUUUCCACCUCAGCUUUCCCUGAUUUCUUCAGCAUCAUCAUGGUGGAGGGCUACGCAGUUAUCAGUGUCACAAGGCCUCUGGACUAUGAGAAGGUUCCCGGUGGAACGAUCCAUUUGACAGUGAUGGCCAAAGAUGGAGGAAACCCAUCGCUUAACAGUACCGUCCCUGUCACAGUGGAGGUGAUUGAUGAAAACGACAACCCGCCCGAGUUCAGCAAGUCGUCCUACAUCGUCAAGAUUCUAGAGAAUAUUAAUGCUGGGGCUACAGUGCUCGUCGUCAAUGCUACUGAUUUGGACUCCUCCCGAGAGUUUGGCCAGGCCUCACUCAUCUACUCCUUGGAGGGAUCCUCCCAGUUUCGUCUCAACUCGCGCUCGGGAGAGAUCACCACCACAGCUUUGCUGGACCGAGAGCUGAAGUCAGAGUACAUCCUCAUUGUCAGAGCUGUAGAUGGAGGAGUGGGUCCGCAACAGAAGACCGGCAUUGCCACGGUGAACAUCACCAUCCUGGACAUUAAUGACAACGCCCCCCAGUGGAGGGACGAGCCAUACCAUGCCAAUGUGGUGGAGAUGAGCCCAAUAAACACAGAUGUCAUCUCUGUGCUGGCAGUGGACCCUGACAACGGGGAGAACGGCACUGUGGUGUACAGCAUCAGUUCCGAGAACCCAUUCUACACCAUAAACAGCAACACUGGGAAGAUUCGCACCAGCGGAGUAACCCUAGACAGGGAAAGCUCCAAUCCCGGGGACACAAUGCUCAUGAGGACCAUCAUCAUCUCAGCUGCAGACCGAGGUACACCUCCACUGCGUACAUCAGCCAGCGCCACAGUAUUUGUCAACCUGCUCGACCUCAAUGACAACGACCCCGCCUUUGUCAACCUGCCAUUUGUGGCUGAAGUACCAGAAGGACUCCCGGUGGGAUCAUCAGUGUUUAAGGUUCAGGUGGAAGACCCUGAUCAGGAUAAGCACGGUUUGAUAACGAUGGCCCUACAGAUGGGUAUGCCCCGUUUGGACUUCUACCUGAAUACUUCCACAGGAAUCCUCACUUCAUCUGCAAUUCUUGAUCGGGAGCAGAUCGGACUGUAUCAUUUGAGGAUUAUAGCAUUCGACGCAGGGAAAUUCCCCCGCACUUCGACUUCAACUCUCACUGUCACUGUCCUAGACGUGAAUGACGAGACACCCACCUUCAACCCUGGUGUAUACAAUGUGUCCCUGAAGGAAAAUGUCCCUAGAGACCACGUUGUGGCACAGCUCAUCUGCACCGACGACGACGCUGGCCUGAACGCAGAACUGAGCUACUUCAUCACAGGCGGUAAUCAGGAUGGUAAAUUCAGCGUGGGCUUCAGAGACGGCAUUGUGCGGACAGUGGUUGGACUUGACAGAGAAACCCAGGCUACAUACACUCUGGUUGUAGAAGCCAUAGACAACGGUCCGGCGGGCAGCAGGAGGACAGGCACAGCCACUGUGUUUGUAGAGGUGCAGGAUGUUAAUGACAACAGACCCAUCUUCCUCCAGAACAGCUACGAGACCAGCAUACUGGAGACUGUGGCGCAGGGAGCCAGCAUCCUCCAGGUACAAGCGACAGAUGCAGACCAGGGGGAAAAUGGCCUUGUCCUCUACAGGAUCGUCACUGGAAACAGUCAUAGCCUGUUCAGCAUCGACAGACAAACGGGAUUGAUGACCAGAGGGCGCAGGCCUUUGGACAGAGAGACCAGCAGCUCUCACGUGUUGGAAGUGGAAGCCUACAACAGUGAUGAAGGCAGCAUGAGGAGCACUGUGAGGGUGAUCGUAUAUGUGGACGACACAAACGAUGAGGUGCCGGUAUUUACCCAGCAACAGUACAACCGUCUUGGCCUUAGAGAGACUGCUGGGAUUGGUACCUCUGUGAUAGUGGUUCGUGCUGCAGACCCUGACACAGGUGAUGGUGGAGCGGUAGCUUAUGCUCUCGUUUCGGGCUCGGAUCACAAGUUUGAGGUGGACGUCAGCACGGGCCUGGUAACCACAGUGGACUAUCUAGACUACGAGACCAAGACCACCUACCUGAUGAAUGUCUCAGCCACAGACCAGGCCCCGCCGUUCCACCAAGGCUUCUGCGCGGUCUACGUCACUUUGCUCAAUGAACUCGAUGAAGCGGUGGCCUUUUUCUCAGCCGGUUAUGAAGCCUCGCUGCGUGAGAAUAUUGCCACGGGUACAGAGGUGGUUCAGGUGCAGGCCCAGUCAGCUGACAACUUGAACCAGCUGACUUAUAGAUUUGAUCCGGAUACAUCUCCAGCAGCCCUGGCCCUCUUCAAGAUAGACAGCGUCACGGGUCGGAUCACAGUUACAGGUCUGCUGGAUAGAGAGAAGGGUGACACGUACACCUUGACUGUCGUAGCUGAUGAUGGAGGACCUAAAAAAGACUCAACUGUGGUAUGGAUGCUUACUUAUGAAUUGAUAUCUGCCGCAAAGACAAAGGUAUUAGGAAGAAUCUCUUCAGUAAUUAAACUAUGUCCAAAUUGCAGGCAUAAUCGAUUAUUUUGUUAA